UUUUGUUUAUACAAAUGCUCUUAAAAAAGGGUGAUGGGCCGUCUACUUUCAACAGGCAGGUGUUGAGCCGUACACAAGGACUAUUCUUCUCCAUACUUGUAUUUUCCUGAGUAUAUAUAUCCACGGGUCGAUCACGCCUGACCUGACAGAUCAUUGACCAAACUCUAAGCCUGUAAGUCAGCACUCGGGUCGGGUAUUGGUUGAAGAAGGAAGCUAUGGCGAUUGCUGCUCGUUCUUCUUCAGGAUGGGUGCUUGUUCUGGUCGCAGUAGCAUCCCUUGCUGCCGGAAGAGUUGCAGGAAAUUCUGAAGGAGACGCUCUCUACGCGCUCCGGCGUAGCCUGUCGGACCCGGAUAAAGUGCUCCUGAGCUGGGAACGCAAUCUGGUGAACCCUUGCACCUGGUUCCAUGUCACUUGCAACAGUGAGAACCGAGUUACUCGCCUGGACCUUGGAAACGCAAACCUAUCUGGGCAUCUGGUGCCUGAUCUAGGGAAGCUUGAGCAUCUAGAGUAUCUUGAACUUUACAAAAAUAACAUUCAAGGAAAAAUUCCUCAUGAGUUUGGUGAGUUGAAGAACCUUAAAAGUUUGGAUCUGUACAACAACAACAUGUCUGGGAAAAUUCCUCGUUCAUUGGGGAAGUUGAAAAACCUUGUCUUCCUGCGUCUUAACAAUAAUCAGUUUUCUGGAAGAAUUCCCAGGGAAAUUGCUAGUAUUUCUACCCUAAAAGUCAUGGAUGUAUCAAGCAACGAUCUGUGUGGAACUAUUCCAACCACUGGUCCAUUUGAGCACAUUCCGCUUAACAACUUUGAGAAUAAUCCUCGGCUGGAAGGCCCCGAGCUGAUUGGACUUGUAAGUUAUGACACAAAUUGCUAGGUGGUCCUCUUUUAUUGACUCAUGUAAAAGUAAUACUGUUCCGACCUGGAAGGUUACAUAUGAUUUCGUGAGUAAAUAUGUAUAUCGCUAUACUGCCAUACGUCCUAAUGUCUGAAAAGUACUGUUCCUUGUUGAUGUAGGAUUAUUAAUUAUGACAAUAUAUGAGUUCACUGGAAUUGAUGUUUGGGUUUGCUGAUACCACUCCUAAGCCAUUUUAUUUUGUUGCAAGUGCAAUCACUUUUG